AUGGUGGCCAGUCUUCAAAUGAAAAUUGUUGCAGAAGAUAAAGUGGUUGAAAAUAAGACUGGUGAACUUUUGACGUGCUGGGAUCGAGAGAAACCGAUUGCUGGAAACUUGAAGCCAGAUGACGCCGUCAAGUCCAUUACUAUUUUAGAAGGUAAAUUCAAUCGACUCCAUGAGGAACGAGAGAAUAUUCAGCGAGCAAAAGAAGCUCUUGAGUUGACUGAAUUCGGUGUGCUUCCAACGAGUGAAGAACGCGUACAAGUAGCCUUUGAGGAACUCCAGGAUCUUAAGAGUGUAUGGCUUGAACUGUCUCGAAUCUGGAAUCAGCUAGAUCAGUUGAAGGAGACUCCUUGGCAGACGGUGCAGCCACGUCGUUUGCGUUCUGAUCUUGAUGUGCUGGCCGGCCAGUUAAAGGAGCUACCAAGUCGCCUACGCCAAUAUGCAAGUCAUGAGCACCUCAGACGCACCCUGCAGGCCUAUACUAAAGCCAACCAACUUGUCACAGAGCUUAAGUCUGAAGCUAUAAAAGAGCGCCAUUGGCGCUCUUUGAUGCGUCGUCUCAAUGUAAACUGGGUUCUUUCUGAGUUAACCCUUGGUCAAAUGUGGGACAUCGACUUGCUGAAAAACGAAGUUAUACUCAGGGACGUUUUGGCUGUGGCCCAGGGGGAAAAAGCCCUUGAGGAAUUUCUCAAACAGGUAUGUAGUAUCCUAUAA